GUCGCAGGAAUUAGGCGUUUUCUUUGUCGCUCAGGUGGCGUGGGCUGGCUGAAGCCGGUAGUUGAAGCGCUGAGGGCAACCGUAGUGGGAGUGUUCGAGGAGCGGCUUCGUGAAAAUUAAAGUUCGCUGCUAAGAUGGCAGACCCCGAUGUCCUCACUGAGGUUCCAGCAGCGUUGAAGAGGUUAGCCAAAUAUGUGAUCCGGGGCUUUUAUGGCAUUGAGCAUGUGUUGGCCUUGGACAUCUUGAUCCGGAACCCCUGUGUAAAAGAAGAGGACAUGCUGGAGCUGCUCAAGUUUGAUCGGAAGCAACUUCGAUCAGUCUUGAAUAAUUUAAAAGGAGACAAAUUCAUCAAAUGCAGAAUGAGGGUGGAGACUGCUGCGGAUGGGAAAACCACUCGUCAUAAUUAUUAUUUUAUCAAUUAUCGCACUCUUGUUAAUGUGGUAAAAUAUAAAUUGGACCAUAUGAGAAGGAGGAUUGAAACGGAUGAGAGAAAUUCCACCAACCGGGCUUCCUUCAAAUGUCCUGUCUGUAGCAGUACUUUCACAGACUUAGAAGCUAAUCAGCUGUUUGAUCCCAUGACAGGAACUUUCCGCUGUACUUUUUGCCAUACAGAGGUAGAAGAGGAUGAAUCAGCAAUGCCUAAAAAAGAUGCACGCACACUUUUGGCAAGGUUUAAUGAACAAAUUGAGCCCAUUUAUGCAUUGCUUCGAGAGACAGAGGAUGUAAACUUGGCCUAUGAAAUACUUGAGCCAGAACCCACAGAAAUCCCAGCCCUGAAACAGAGCAAGGACCGUACAGCAACUGCUACUGGAGCUGCUAGCCUGGCAGGUGGGCAUCACCGGGAGGCAUGGACCAGCAAAGGCCCCUCCUAUGAGGACUUAUACACACAGAAUGUUGUCAUUAACAUGGAUGACCAGGAAGAUGUUCAUCGCACCUCAAUGGAUGGGAAAUCUGCCAAAGAGAGACCCAUUUGGUUGAGAGAGAGCACUGUCCAGGGGGCAUAUAGUUCUGAAGAGAUGAAGGAAGGUGGUAUCAAUAUGGAUACAUUUCAGGAGCGUGAGGAAGGCCGUGCAGGUCCUGAUGACAAUGAAGAAGUCAUGCGAGCUCUGCUCAUUCACGAGAAGAAGACCUCCUCUGCCACAGCUGGCUCGGUGGGGGCAGCUGCUCCAGUGACUGCUGCCAACGGCAGUGACUCUGAGAGUGAGACCAGCGAGUCAGAUGACGACUCUCCGCCCCGGCCAGCUGUGGCUGCACAUCACCGGGAUGAGGAUGAAGAAGAGGAUGAGUUUGAAGAAGUAGCAGAUGAUCCCAUUGUCAUGGUGGCUGGCCGUCCAUUCUCCUACAGCGAAGUGAGCCAGCGGCCAGAGCUCGUGGCCCAGAUGACACCAGAAGAGAAGGAAGCUUACAUAGCAAUGGGUCAGCGUAUGUUUGAGGACCUCUUUGAGUGAGCUUUCUCACUUAUUUUUUCUUCCUUUUUGUAAUGCUCAUUUCAAAGACUUUUUUUCUCUCUCUCUUCUUUUUGUUUGUUUGUUUGUUUGUUUUGAGACAGGGUCCUAAUAUAUAACCCUGGUUGUCCAUAAUGCUCAUUUCAGAAAGAAACUCCCUACCAAGUACUUAAAUGCCUUCCUAUAAAACUCCUAUUAAUUUAGCAGAAAAGGAUAAUAGGAGAGAAAGCUUGAUUUUUAUGUCAGAAACUUCCCGGAAAGGUAGGUGACUAUAAGCAUUCCCUUCCCUCUUGACACUAAAGUAUUAAUAUUUUACUGUAUUUUCUUAUCUAAUUUGUCCUUUUCUUUUUAAGACACAUUUUUUUUUCCCCUCUGAAAUGGGAAGAUGUCCACAAGGUAAAAAUUUCCUGUUUACUUACAGAACCCUCCUGUGAUAAGUUACAGUAAUUCACUGAUGACACCCUUUUUUACUGUUUUGGCAAGCAUUUGGAACAGUUCCUUAUAUUCCUGCCAACCAAAGCAGCUUGCCAAGAGGCAGAUCACUGAUUAGAGGAAAACCUUAACGCUUCAUCUUUCCUCAAAAUUAAGUUUGGAGUCUUUAUGUGAAAGGAGUGAGACUAUAGAAGAGAGAUAGAUAUGCCUGAAUCUUAGGAUUGUCUAAACCAGAACUCAUGUCUGUAGAACUGGUAAGACCAGUAGAUUCAUUUGUUUUUUUAAUACCUUUUGGGUUAUAUUUUGAAUGAUAGAAAGCAAAGUAUGCUUGAUACCCCCUUAUGAAGAAAUUAAAAAAGAAUAUGGACAAAGGAUAAGGGGUCUGUAAAGGGCUGAAGAAUGGAGAACAGCAGAAACAGUGCCUUAGAACUGCCCGAGUGUGUUCUGAUUUGGAAAUCUUACGUGAAGCUGAGACUGGUCCCAUUCCCCACCUUAUUCUGUAGACCUCUUGUCAGUGCUAUAAAUUUAGGCGACCAUUCCGGCAGACAGCCGCAUAGGAUUAUUGAACUCUCUUCCCCACACUCUUCCUUCCUAAGCAUCACUGAAGCCUUUCUUUAUCUUUAUUUUGAAUAUUGUCAGACACAGUAUUUUAGUGCAUUCAGUACAUUGUUGAGCAUUGUAACCUCAAGGAGCAUAGUUAUGUAGCAUGGUGUUAUUUCUGAAGGCAGAACUUUAAAAAUAAAGGAUUUUCAUAUAAAGUCUACACAAUUGUAUGUUUUAUAAUAUUUUCCCUUGCAUUGUAGUUUUUAGUUAUCACUUCACAUGUAUGAAGUUAAGAUAGCAUUGUAGAGUGUCUGAGCCUUAUAUAAAGUGAUGGUUCAUUUACUUGGAUUGUUGGAUUACUGAAUAUUGACAAUCUAUUUUAUACUGGUUAAAAUUUGUUAAUUUCUAGCUCUGUAACAUCUUGGAGCAUAACUAAAAAUGUAUACUCUUCCCAUUUAAAGAUGUUAAAGCCUUCUCUUACUAGUCAUGUUAUUUAAUAAUAGGUGCAAUUGUAUGUGAUCUAAACUUUAUGGCAGUAAGUUGCCUUAAGAAUACCUUUUAUGUAUUUAUCUUAAAUACAAGUGACUGUUCAACUUUUUAAAUCGGUUUUUAACUUUCAUAGUUCUAGAAAGAAGUUAAUUUAAAUAAAAUGAUAACCAGAUAGCCAUUUUAAAAACA